GGCGUUGCUGGCAGGUUGGGAGUGUUUUUGUUUUGGGUUGAAGUUGAGGCUUUGGAGAGGACCGAGCUAGCGACUGGCAGUCGUCGCGGCCGCGGACGCCGCGGGCGGUGGUGGAGGCCCCCGCGGCACUCGAGCAGUCUCUCCUCCGCGUCGGGAGGGCGAGCCGAGCCUUGCCGCCGCCGCCUCCCGCUCCCGGAACUCCGGGGCCUGCCCUGGCCCCUGUCUUUGCACUCCACACGCCGCAGCGCCCUGCCCGGGCCGCACCCGCUGGCCCCAUGAGGAGGGACGUGAACGGAGUGACCAAGAGCAGGUUUGAGAUGUUCUCAAACAGUGAUGAGGCUGUAAUCAAUAAAAAACUUCCCAAAGAACUUCUGCUGAGGAUAUUUUCUUUCCUGGAUGUUGUUACCCUGUGUCGCUGUGCUCAGGUCUCCAGGGCCUGGAAUGUCCUAGCUCUGGAUGGCAGUAACUGGCAACGGAUAGACCUGUUUGAUUUCCAGAGGGACAUUGAGGGCCGGGUAGUAGAAAAUAUUUCAAAACGAUGUGGAGGCUUUUUACGAAAGCUAAGUCUUCGUGGGUGUCUCGGAGUAGGAGACAAUGCAUUAAGGACCUUUGCACAAAACUGUAGGAAUAUUGAAGUACUGAGUCUCAACGGAUGUACAAAGACGACAGAUGCUACCUGCACUAGCCUUAGCAAGUUCUGCUCCAAACUCAGGCACCUCGACUUGGCUUCCUGUACGUCAAUAACAAACAUGUCUCUCAAAGCUCUGAGUGAGGGCUGUCCACUGUUGGAGCAGUUGAACAUUUCCUGGUGUGACCAAGUAACCAAGGAUGGCAUUCAAGCACUAGUGAGAGGCUGUGGGGGUCUCAAGGCCUUAUUCUUAAAAGGCUGCACUCAGCUAGAAGAUGAGGCCCUCAAGUACAUAGGUGCACACUGCCCUGAGCUGGUGACAUUGAACUUACAAACCUGCUUACAAAUCACAGAUGAAGGUCUCAUCACCAUAUGCAGAGGGUGUCAUAAGUUGCAGUCCCUCUGUGCCUCUGGGUGCUCCAAUAUCACAGAUGCCAUCCUGAACGCUCUAGGUCAGAACUGCCCUCGACUUAGAAUAUUAGAAGUGGCCAGAUGUUCCCAGUUAACAGAUGUGGGCUUCACUACCCUGGCCAGGAAUUGCCAUGAACUUGAAAAGAUGGACCUAGAAGAAUGUGUGCAGAUCACAGAUAGCACAUUAAUCCAACUUUCAAUACACUGUCCUCGACUUCAGGUGUUGAGUCUUUCUCACUGUGAGCUGAUCACGGACGAUGGAAUCCGUCACCUAGGGAACGGGGCCUGUGCCCACGACCAGCUGGAGGUGAUUGAGCUGGACAACUGCCCACUGAUCACCGAUGCAUCCCUGGAGCACUUGAAGAGCUGUCACAGCCUUGAGCGGAUAGAACUCUAUGACUGCCAGCAGAUCACACGGGCUGGCAUCAAGAGACUCAGGACCCAUUUACCCAAUAUUAAAGUCCACGCCUACUUCGCCCCUGUCACUCCACCCCCAUCAGUAGGGGGCAGCAGACAGCGCUUCUGCAGAUGCUGUAUCAUCCUAUGACAGCGGAGGUGGUCAGCCUUGGUGAACUGAGUAUUUAAUGACACUUCUAGACAUACCGUGGAGUCUCUCCGGUGGAAGCGACCCCAGCGUUCUGGGCAAGGGUUACAAAGCGAGGGCAGCGUCCAGACCCCCAGAGCCGCACACACAGGCACAUGCAUCCUCACCCCAUCUGCUGUAGUUCUGUGACCAUGGCACUGAGGUUCACACUGGCUGUAACAAGUGGGCUGGUAAAACCCUAAUCAUUACAGUUGGACAAGCCCAGAAGCAGCUGCAGGCGGUGGUAGAGGGAGGGGACAUUCCAGCAGAGCCCAGUGUCACUGCUUCUGUGGUUUCUUUAUUUUAUUAAGGGGUUUCUGUGGGGGUUUUGAAACAGUAACUGUGACCCUCCAGGAUGAGAGGUAGCAUGGAAAACAUGACGUAUCCAGGGACCAGAAAGAAAACUUCUCUGCAUCCUAGAAAUGGUAGCCAUCCAUUGGGAGAUGCCUACAGAACUUCUGGGCUUCCUUGUUCCCAUGCCGACAUGCUGAGCAUGCUCACAGAGAAGGCUCAUCCAUUCCUCUGCUGUUUAGUAUUUGACCCAGAGGUUUUUUUUUAGCGGCUGCACUGAAGUCACUGGGGUCCAGAUAGAAUUCCUUUUCUUAUCUGCUCAGUUUGUCACUGUAUGUCACUGCACCCGUCUUCCGUUCUCCCGCUCACUGCCGCGCUCUCUCUUUCUUGUCCAGUCUGUCCUCCUCAGGAUGCUGCCCACUUGAUUGUUACUCCGUUGCUGUUGUGUUUACAGUUUGCAUUUUGGAUGAAUUAGUUGGGGUCACCAAACAUUUUUAAAAGAAACAUCAAUAAAUAUUUUUUUAAUCUAACUUUUA